UUUUGUGUGUAGUGUGUGUCAAGAGGAAAGAAUAUACUUUCUUGUCAGUCCCGCAGAAAUUCGGAAAAUUUGCCUACUUUUCGGACGUUUCGUGGCCAUUCCGGGUAUUCGCUAUGUAGCACAGGUGCCGUCGGUAACGCAAGUGAAAAAAAUCCGUCCGUAGUCGUGCGAUCCGGGGCGGAAAAGUGGAGUUCUUUUUUGUUCGAUGGUGAAUUCUUUUGUUGUUGGAGCGCCACCACCAUCAGCAACAGCAGCAGCAGCAGAAGAAGUUAGUAGUGGAAGAAGAUUCGUGUUUCGAAGGAAGAGGAGGAGAAGCCAGCAGAAGAAGACGUGUCGUCUCGUAGGUUGUCGUCGUACAGUGCAAACGGAUUAUUGUUUUCCAGGGCCAGCGGUGUUUGGGAAUCGGGUCCUGUCCGGUGGGUCAUAUGUCUGUGGGUCCCCGGCUAGCUGCUGGCAGUCGCUGCUUGCAGAUCCGGGCAGGCAAAGUACGGGUUUGGGCUGGGCCAGUGCCAAGUCAAAACAUUGCACCAUCUAGCUAGAGAGAUAGAGAAGAAGAAGCAGUCGCUGCUGGUGGAGUAGGAUAUUUUGUACGGACGGAACGGACAUUGGACUCAGAAUGGCCACCUUGAUGGACGAAGAUCGCCGCAGAAGGCUGCUGGCGUUGGAGGAGAAGAUACGUGAUCCGAGUUACAUUGCCAAUCUGGAUUGCCUGCUGGAUACGGUGACGGCGCUGGUGGCGGACUGUGAUCAUGACAAUGUGAAAAUAAUCAAAAAUAUUGAAACCUACAUAAAACGAUACAAAGACCUGGCGCGCGAGAUAAACGAUCUGCGCAUGAAACCGGACGACUUCAUCCCGAUCAAGCUCAUCGGCCGGGGUUCGUUCGGCGAGGUUCAACUGGUGCGUCACAAGUCAUCCAAACAGGUCUACGCCAUGAAGCGCCUAUCCAAGUACGAAAUGAUAACCCGCUCGGAUACGGCCUUCUUCUGGGAGGAACGCUACAUCAUGGCGCAUGCCAAUUCCGAGUGGAUCGUCCAGCUGCACUACGCCUUCCAGGACAAUAAGUACCUGUACAUGGUGAUGGACUACAUGCCGGGAGGGGACAUUGUCAGUUUGAUGAACAUCUACGAAAUACCGGAAAAGUGGGCCAUUUUCUACACUAUGGAGGUGGUUUUGGCCCUGGACACCAUUCACAACAUGGGAUUCAUCCAUCGGGAUGUGAAGCCGGACAAUAUGCUGCUGGACAAGUACGGGCACUUGAAGUUGGCAGAUUUUGGCACGUGCAUGCGAAUGGGACCGGACGGGUUGGUUCGAUCGUCAAACGCCGUCGGGACGCCCGAUUACAUCAGUCCGGAAGUGCUGCAAUUCCAGGGUGCUCAGGGUUACGGGCGGGAAUGCGACUGGUGGUCGGUGGGCAUUUUCCUGUACGAGAUUUUGGUAGGCGAUACACCGUUCUAUUCGGACAGCUUGGUCGGUACUUAUGGGAAGAUUAUGGAUCAUAAGAACUCCCUACACUUUCCGGAGGAUGCACCGAUCAGUGAGAAUGCAAAGUCCUUGAUCAAAAGAUUUCUGACCGAUCGAACGCAGCGGUUAGGCCGGAACAGUGUGGACGAAAUCAAGUGUCAUCCGUUCUUCCAGAAUGACGUGUGGACGUUUGAGAACCUGCGGGAGUCUGUGCCUCCGGUAGUGCCGGAGCUGAGUAGUGACGAUGAUACUCGAAAUUUUGACGAAAUUGAGAAGAAGAACAGUGUGGAAGCAAACUUCCCCACACCGACCACGUUCUCCGGAGAUCAUUUGCCAUUUGUUGGGUUUACCUAUACGGGCGAUUACCAACUACUGAGUGGAAGUUCCCAGGACAAUGUGGACAACAAAGCCACAGCAAUGAAUUCAUCACAUCGGAACCACCACCGGCAUCGAUCGUCCAACAAUGCCGAGCUCUUGCGGAUGGAGAAUAUGCUUCAGAGGGAACGUAAUACAAUCGAAAUGCUGGAGAAGCAGGAACGAACACUCCGACAGCAGAUCGAGUUGAUCACUCAAAGGGAGACGGACAUUCAAAAUUUGGCCAAUACUUACGAAAAGGAACUUACGAUGUUGAAGCACAACUUCCGGGAGAUGCAACGUAAGGCGGACAGUGAGCAGGAAACACGAAGAAAGAUGGAGAACCUGCUGCUGGAGACGAAACAGCGGCUGGAAGAGGAGAAGAGCAAACGGGCCCGGGAGAUGAAUAACAAUCAGCAGUACAACGAUAAGAUCAACAUGCUGGAAAAGCAGCUGAUGGAUAUCCAGGAGAAGUACAAGAACGAAACGGAAAACAGUCAGAAGAUGAAGAAGCAACUGGCCGAGCUGAGGUUGUCCAAAUCGGAUGUCGAACAGAAGGCAAACGAUCUGCAGUCGAUGUUGGCCGGGUUGCAAACUGCCCGGGACGUCCUGCAGCAGGAGGUGGCUGAUCUUCAGACCCGUUUAGCUCAGGAACGGAACGCGCGUAUUCAAAUGACCGAGCUGCAGAAGGAGCUGGAAGGAAAGAUUCACUCGUUGGCCGGAGAUUUGGAGCGAUCGGUUACGAGGGAACAGCAAGCGAUGGAGGACAACCGGAGUCUAUCGGACAAAAUCUCGGAACUGGAGAAGGAGAUUGCUUCGAUCGAGUGCGAACUGAAAGCGGUCCAAAGCCGGUACCAUCAGGAAGUGAAGGCACACCAGGAGACGGAAAAGUCCCGCCAACUGAACAACGAAGAGGCUAACAUGCAGGAGGUUAAGGCACUUCAAACCAAACUGAACGAGGAGAAGGUCGCCCGGCAGAAGGCCGAGCAGAACUCCCAGGAAAAGGAACGUCAGAUUUCUAUGCUCUCCGUGGACUAUCGGCAGAUUCAGCAGCGGUUACAGAAGCUCGAGGGCGAAUACCGACAGGAAUCGGAGAAGGUCCUAGCCCUGCACAGCCAGCUGGAACAGGAGCAGUGCAAAAAGAGCAAUCUGCUGUCGGAACUUAGCCUGCAGAGCUCGGAGGUGGCCCACCUGAAAGCCAAGGAGACGCAACUGGUCAAGGAGGUGCAACAGUCGCGGGAGACGAAACGAAAGUUCGAAGAGGACAUCGUCAAAAUCAAAAAUGCUCAUAAUGUGGAUAUUCUACAGAUGAAGGAACUCCAAGAUCAACUGGAAGCAGAGCAGUACUUCUCGCGACUGUACAAAACUCAAAGCAACGAAGUGCGUGAGGAGUUGGAGGAGAAGACCCGACAGAUUCAGGAUCUGGAAGAGGAGCGAACGUCCGUCCUGCAUCAGUUGCAGCUGGCGAUAGCCCGGGCCGAUUCGGAAGCUCUCGCGCGUUCGAUUGCCGAGGAAACGGUAGCCGAUCUGGAGAAAGACAAGACGAUGAAGGAGUUGGAAAUGAAGGAUCUAAUCACCAAGCAUCGCAACGACCUUGCAACCAAAGAAGCGGCACUAACGUCACUUAAGGAUCUGGAAACAGAAAUGAACAAAAAGCUGAACAACAAAGCAUUCGAGCUGGACGAUCUUACGCAGCAGAAUCGAAAAAUGCAGGACGAGCUCAGCCAUCUGAAGAGCGAGCAGAGCGAAAUGGAGAAGCUACGCACAAAACUCAAGACUGAGACCAUGCUGAAGCAGCAAGCCGUCAACAAGCUGGCCGAAAUCAUGAACCGAAAGGAUAACAACCUUACCGGCAAGCAGAAGAGCAAGGUCAACUCGACGGCCGAUUUGCGGAAGAAGGAGAAGGAGAACAAACGGCUGCAGCAGGAACUGUCGGUGGAACGGGCCAAGUACGACGAGCUGUGUCUGAAGCACAACGAAACGAUCAGUCAAUUAUCAAGGGAAAUUGAUAUCAAAACCAAGCUUCAGAUGGAGAUCGAGUGCAAGGCGACGGAAAUCGAACACCUGCAGAUGAAGCUGAACGAGACGGCGUCGCUCUCGUCGGCCGACAACGACACCAUUGAGGACAACCAGGAUGCCAUGUUCGAGGGUUGGUUGAGCGUACCGAACAAGCAGAACAUCAAGCGGUACGGUUGGAAGAAGCAGUUUGUGGUGGUAUCUCCCAAGCGGAUCAUCUUCUACAGUUCCGAGGUGGACAAGCAGAACACGAGUGAUCCAUUGCUUAUCAUAGACCUAAGCAAAGUGUUCCACGUGAGGCCCGUUACGCAAGGUGACGUCAUCCGGGCGGAUCCCAAAGAAAUUCCCCGCAUCUUCCAGCUGUUGUACGCCGGCGAGGGAGAAGCGAGGAGACCCGACGAGCAACAGCAACUGGACGUGAGCUCGUCGAAGGCGGACGAACGGCCGCUGACGCUACAAUACAAAGGUCACGAGUUUCUGCAGAUUAGUUACCAUAUACCAACUACGUGUGAUCUACCAUCUUGCCAGAAAGCCCUUUGGCAUGUGUUUAAAUCCUUACCCGCCUACGAAUGCAAAAGAUGUCGCUUCAAGCUGCACAAAGAGCACGUGGACAAUAACAAUCCACUGGCACCAUGCAAGCUGCAUCAUGACCCUAAUCAUGCCCGCGAGAUGCUUCUGUUGGCCACGUCCAACGAAGACCAAGCCCGGUGGGUGUGUCGACUCUCGAAGCGUAUCCAGAAAAGUGGAUACAAGGCCAAUUCGACCAACAACCUGCAGCAGGGUGGCAGCACCGGUAGCAGUAGCAGUGGCAACGGAGAUGGCAGUAAGAUUAGUCCAAGUCAAUCGACCCGUUCCAAUUACAAGCCGUACGCUGUGAAUGUGCAACGGUCAGCUACUCUACCGGCGAACGCAUCGCUAAAGCAGCAACAAUAGAGAGGGGGAUCUUCCAUCACUGUUAAUAAAUACUUCUACUACCAACCUACCUAACUCUCCAAACUUCUACACUUACACAUGGUUUAGAUAAAACGUUUUUAACAAUUACAAUUGUUUCACUGCUGUUACUAGACUAGGCCUGUGUAAUCACCAAUUUGAUAGACAACCAAAUGCUCACGACAAACGAAAUGCUACAUCUGCAACUUACCUAGCUCAAUCGCCUUCAUCAAGUAAAACAAAUCAAAACUAACUGACUCCUGUCGUCAUGCGUAAGAUAAUUGAGCAAUAUUUGCAGCAACAAUAAAAA